GAAGGCGGGCGGCGCAGCCGCGAUGGUGGCGGCGUGAGGCGGCGGGGCCGGCGGCUGCUCCUGCCCUCCGCGCGGCCCGGGCCGGGCAUGGAAGUGGAGAAGAUGGAUGAGAAUGAAUGGAAGUACCACGGGGAAGGCAACCAGAGCCUGGUCGUCUCACACUGCCAGCGCUGUGUGGUGCUGCGGUUUCUGAAGUCCCCUCCCAAUCAGAAUAAGACUCCAGAGGAAAUCCUACACCAUCUGCAAAACAUUGUAGACUUUGGAAAACAUGUGAUGAAGCAGUUCUUUGGGGAGAACUAUGUUCACCAUGGGGAAAUUAUUCAACUGCCAUUAGACUUUGUAAGACAGCUCUGUUUGAAAAUCCAGCCAGAGAGGCCAGAGUGUCGCUGUGACAAGGACAUGGACACGCUGAGCGGUUACGCGAUGUGCCUUCCCAACCUGACGCGGCUGCAGACCUUCCGCUUCGCCGAGCACCGGCCCAUCCUGUGCAUCGAGAUCAAGCCAAAGUGUGGCUUCAUUCCCUUUUCCAGCCAUGUUUCACAGGAGAUAAAGCACAAGGUGUGUCGUUACUGUAUGCAUCAGCAUCUAAAGGUAGCCAACGGAAAAUGGAAGCGACCAAGUAAAUAUUGCCCGUUGGAUCUCUUCUCAGGAAAUAAACAAAGAAUGCACUUUGCUUUGAAGAGCUUAUUACAGGAGGCACAGAACAACUUGAAAAUAUUUAAGAAUGGGGAACUAAUUUAUGGCUGUAAGGAUGACCAGGACUGUGUCUGUGACUGGAACGAACUUGCUCGUCACUUAAAACCUUUCUUUUUCCCUUCCAACGGGCUGGUCAGUGGCCCCCACUGCACAAGGACAAUUGUUAAGGAAUUGAUCCACGUGAUAACCAUGGCGCUACUGAGUAGCACCGACACCUGCAGGGCAGGCCACAUGAAGACAGUUCCCAUUUCACAGGGGAGAAGCUACUGUGAAGCAAGUGCUUUUAAUAAGGAGCUAGUAAGAAAUGGUAAACAUAAAUUGGAAAGCUCUGGUUUACCGAGGGGUUGUCUCCUUUAUAAAACCCUUCAGGCUCAGAUGCUUGACAUGCUGGAUAUUGAAGGACUCUAUCCUUUGUACAGUAGAGUUGAACAGUACUUGGAGGAAUUUCCUGAAGAGAGGAGUACAUUACAGAUAGAUGGACCUUACAAUGAGGUGUUUUACGAGAAGCUGCUGGACCUUUCCCUGGAAGAUGACGGGACUGUGGCGUUUGCAUUAACAAAGGUGCAGCAGUACAGAAUAGCAAUGACUGCUAAAGACUGCUCCAUCAUGAUUGCCCUUUCCCCCUGCCUGCAAGAUGAAUGCUCUGAGCAAAGACCUGUGGUACUGACAUCCAAAUCCAGAUUCACCUUCUCUGUUUCUGUGCUGGACCUGGACCUGAAGCCCUAUGAAAGCAUCCCCCACCAGUACAAACUUGAUGGUGAAAUAGUCAACUAUUACCUGAAGAAUGUACAGGCCAAAGAGGACCCAGUUAUGUCCAACCUCUUCAAGGAGAAUGAAGACUGCACAUUAGUUCUCCAUAAAGUGUAACCAUUCCCUUAAGGUUAUUUUUAUUCAAACACAUGAGAAAGUGAAAGAUUAUUGGAAUACAGUUAUGGUGAUUUUUUUUUUUUCUUUUCUAUUGUGUUCAGUGCAUUUUUCAGCUGUGAAUGUUUUUUGCUUUAUGAAAUGAUUUCUGAUGGGUAAUGCCUUCUCAGAGACCUGGGAUAGCACUAAGCCACAUGUUUGCUAGAUAACCUUAAUGAAUGUAUUUAAUGUGACAGAACAGGUAACGUGCCAUACCUUGGAACUAGAGGACAGAUCAAAUUAAUAUGAAAAGUCUACUUCCUUAGAAUUGAAAGAGCACAGAAUUAAAGGUUUCCUGAUGUAUUGCACUAACAUAGAAAGCCUAAUUACUAACAAGAGAAUUGCCUUGGAGCCUGUGCUAGUGUCCCUCAUCCCUACUAAAGGAGGGAAUGCUCUGGCAAAACCUAUACAACACUUUAGCAUUAAUCCACUGAAAAUACAACCAUGCAGUGGCUGAUCUGUGCAACUGCCCUGGCACUGCAGAACAUUUAAGUACUAAAUGCAUGGACUAGGAACACCAGGCUGCCUCCAGAAGUUGUGUGAUCACCUUGUAUCUACCUAAAGCUUCUGAAACAAAGUGCAAAGGGUUAAGGUAAGCAACUGGAGUUUUACAUGAUAGUUGGGCUUACUUAACUCACCUGCCAUGCUGGUUUUUAUUGUCUCUGUACCUUAUAUGCUGCUAUUGGAGGUGAAACCACAGCUUGCUCUUGUCUAAUUUAAAUUGAGCUAUAAGAAGAAUAUGUUCUGAUUUUUACAGAUAAUUUCAGGUCUUUCAGAUAGUGCUAAACAUUGGCACUAUUACACUGAUGCCCCACAACUGUGUAGCAUGAGCAGCUGUUUUAAAUGACACAGGAAAAAGGUGACAGAAUCCCCCUUUUCUUCCCUGCAGCUGCAGAGGGUCAGUCUCAUGCCAGGUGAGCUUGUGUCAGUGCUGCAUAUGAGCAGUGCUGUGUGCAGCUGAAGGCUGGGAGCUGCUGCAGUGAAGCCAUCCUGGGGGAAGAUGCUGAGCUGGAACUGGAGGGUAUGUCCAUCCUGAGGGUAUGAUGAUAGAAGCUGCAGCUCCUUUUCCCUCAAGGACUGGUGCAGAGAUGCUGCUCCAGCCCCAGGGAACAGCUCUUACCUGGACACAGCCUGUGCUUACCAGUAACAGUGUUCAGGGGCAUGGAGCUUAACUCCUAAAAACAGAUUUAUACUGGGACCUCAGUGUAACCUUUGAAUUGUUCCACUUUACCUGAAAUUCAAAAAUAAGAGCCUCUGUACCUUGGCACAAGUCAAGGAAGAAAUGUGAAACACAGAGCCAUGACUGCCCCUGUGCCAGAGGCCUGAGCUGGCUGGCAGUGUUGGCAUCCAGUGCCAGGAGCCCUUCUGGGACAGGGCCUGGGAUGUGAGACUACAAAAGUGCAAUAAGCUGGCAGCAGGAAUAGCCCCUUCUUCCCAGAGAAAACCUGGAGGGAGAGAGCUCCUUAUAAAUCCAGAAACCCUCCAGGCCUUAGAAAGAGGAAGAAGGAAGGACCCUGCACAGCUGGUUUCCAGGUUUUUUUGCUGUAACUUCACACACAUUUCAUAUGCAAACAGCAGUGUCUGUGCUGAGCAAACAGUUUUGUUUUCAGGCAAGGAGGAGGGAGCUAAAGAUGAACUAAAGGUUGCACAAAACCAGCUCAGCCAGCUCCAUGUCAGUGGAGAAGUAGGAAUGAAUUUUGCCUGUGUACUGGAUUCCAAACUUGAAAUGAGCCUGCCUUAUCUAACAAGAUAGUUGCCAUUCAUCACAACCCACUUUCUGGUGUUGUUCAGCUGUCCAAUCUGACAGAAACCAGGCCCUGCUCUGUCAGUUUUUCCCAACCUACCGUAACAGUGGGAGACCAUUCCAGUGAUCAAAGAGUGGAUUAUUACAUUUAUGGAAUUAGAAACAGAUGGUUUCUCCACCUCUUUCCCCAUUGCUGCAGGGAGUGAGGGCUCCAGCAGCUCUGCCCUUGGAAAGGAGGGCUCUUCCUGUCACAGGAGAGCCCAGAGCUGGUGGGUUUGG